AUGCUCGGCAGCCCAUCCAAGAUGAAGAUGUCGCCAUCUUUCGUCCCUGGAGACAAGCCAGUCCGAAUACGCGGCCGGCUCACGGGUCACAUGUGGAAGCUGAACAACAAUGUCGAACCCACGGCGCGGAACCUCAGGCAGAUAUCGAGCUGGCGACGGCGCUUGUUUCUAAUCGAGGAUGGAGAAGGUGGCGUGGCUAUGAUGUAUCUCUCGGAAAAAGAAGAUGGCCUGAUGGUGCCCGGGGCAAUGCUACGCGGCAGGAAGAAAGGCACAAAGUCCCUUUCCAGGCUGCAGAAGAUCGAGGCACUGCCAGAAGUGGUGCUCGAUCCGGUUGCUGAUGAUAUGACGUACAGCACAAUGAACAACAUCAAGCAAUACGAAAUUGCUUUCUUUGGUGGGCAGGGCCUGAAUGUAAAGACAUUGCCGGAGAAGCUCUAUCCGAUGAGGCUGCGUUGGACAGAUGGUGCUGGCAAGGAGCAGCAAAUCAUGGUGGCAGCACCUGAAGACGUGAGCCGUAAAGCAUGGAUGGUUGUCAUCCGAACGUCAGCUGGCAUGGGAAUGGCUGGCCAUGCCGUGGUUUGA